CUCUGGCCGUGUUCUUUCAGUCAGCUCUUUUCUGUGAAAGUCAGUCGGUUGCUAAGCAACGCCUUCGUUGUCUGGGAAAUUUCAGAAUCGGUGACAGCUUCAAGGUUCAAGAAAUGGAGAGGUUUAUUGAGUUUUAUUUUAAUCUUGGGCUGAAGUACGAAGACAUUCGGGUGGCAUUGGCAAGGAGACACAACUAUAUCAUCAGUCUCCGACAUUUAAAGAGAAUUCUCGCUGAAAUGGGACUCAAUCGAAGAAAGGAGUAUUCCAGCGUUGGGGAGCUGGUGGAGUUCAUCCGAAAUCAGCUGCAAUACUCCGGGCAGUUGCACGGCUAUCGGUGGAUGUACGCCAAAUGCAGGGAACAUGGCCUACGUGUCAAGAGAAAUGAUGUGUGGCUGGUGAUGAGGGAGCUGAACCCCACGGGUGUUCAGUUAAGGAAAGCAGGGCGUCUCGCACGAAGGAGCUACUUCUCUAAAGGCCCGAACUUUAUCUGGCACGUAGACUCCUACGAUAAAUUAAAGCCGUAUGGUAUUUGUGUGAAUGGCUGCAUUGAUGGGUUUUCCCGAAAAAUGAUCUGGCUUAAUGCCUACACUACAAGUAGUGACCCAAAGGUAAUUGGGGGUUACUACUUAGAAGCUGUGCAGCGGUUAAGGGGCUGUCCGAGAAUUGUGAGGGGUGAUCUUGGGACUGAAAAUGGACAUGUGAGAGCAUUCCAGCGUGCCCUCGUCCCUGUCGGUCAGGACGACACCCUGGAUAGCUACCUAGAGGGAGCGAGCACCGCCAACCAGCGCAUCGAGUACUGGUGGGGGUUCCUGCGUCGCCAGUGCGUUGAGUUUUGGCUGACACUCCUGGCGGACCUCAGAGACCACGGGUUCUUUGAUGGUGAUUUUCUGGACAAAAGCCUUAUCCAGUUUUGCUGCAUGGGACAGAUCCAGGAUGAACUGGAUGACACUGCAUGGACCUGGAAUGCCCAUGUCAUCCGGCCCUCUAGAAACCCCAACGUCCCCAGUGGUCAGCCCAAUAUAAUGUAUGGAGUGCCAGAGCUUUACCAGGCCACAGACCAUCUCUGUCCUGUUGAGGAGGGGGAUAUCGAAGCUUGUGCUACCGAGUGCACCUUUCGGCAGCCCAUCCCGUGUGACCCAGAUGUAUAUCAGCUCUGCAAUAUGAUCAUGGCUGAAUCCCACCUGAAUGUGCCUGAUGACCCUUAUCAGGCUAUAAACUUAUAUAUGCAUCUGAGAGAAGCUAUUACUGCAGCUCUGUAGAUCACCUGCAUGACACACAAACUAGGUCAGUCUACAGGUCUGAGGACCCCCUUUUGCCAUGAGAACUGCCUUACCUGCCUGCAACAAUACUCAUAUAGUCUGUGGCAUUCCAAAUAAGUUAAAUUGUGCUAAGAAAAGUAAAUGCUAGGAAAAUAUCCUUAUACAUGUCCAGCCUGAAACGUUGAUGUAAGGCAGGGUCGAUCCAUGUUCUCGUGUUUUUAAUGUCAAAUCCUGACCAUUCCACCUGAGUAUUAGAUAUAAUAUCAAGACUCAUGCAAGACUCAAGCAUUUUUUUUUUCAGAUCUUAUAGUGUCGUUUAUGGUGAGCCAGUGUAAAUUGUUGUCUCUUUUUCCUGUUCUUAGCUGACAGGAGUGGCACCAAAUGUAUUUUUCUGCUGCCGUAGCCCAUUUGCCUCAAGAUUUGAUGUGCUGUGUAAUCAAAGAUUCUCUUAUGCAUACCUUGGUUGUAAUGAGUGGUUAUUUGACCUAAUGUUGCCUUUGUAUCUAAACCAGUCCGGCCAUUCUCCUCUGACCUCUGCCAUCAAGAAGACAUUUGUGCCCACAGAACCGCCGCUCACUGUACAUUUUUUUUGUUGUUGCUUUUUUAGAUCAUUCUUUGUAAACCCUAGAGAUUGUUGUGUGAAUAUUCCAGUUGAUUAGAUUAUUUUCUGAAAUACUGAAAAUCAAGCCCUUUAGACAUCAACAGCCAUGCCAUGUUAAAAGUCAUUUAAAUAACCUCUCUCUCCCAUUAUGUUGCUCUGUUUGAGCUGCAUCAGAUCAUCUCGACCAUGUCUACAGGCAUUAAUGCAUUGAGAUGCCACCAUGUGAUUGGCUGAUCAGAAAUUUGAACUCAAUCAAAGUCUGACUCAAUGAACAGUUGUGA